GUCAGUACAUUGAGUGUAAGCUCAGCGAUCAGCAUGGCCACUGAAGUGGGCCGAAACACACUCAUAGAAGCUUUGAAAGAACUGAUCGAAUUUGGUAGAACAUCUUUGGAAAACGUAAAAAAGGACGUCGCCAAAGGUGCUUCUUUGCAAGAAAUUGGCGAUAAGCAAAUCCGUCCUUUGUUUGGUCUGAUGUCAGCUGGUGCCAAGUUCUUUAACAGUCUGGGUGUGAAAAACCAAAAGGAAGCAGAACAUCUAUGGGAACAGUUUUUUCAAAACACUGAUGUUCGAGAUAAUGUCGAAGGCUUACUACAACUAGAAGUGGAGUGGGAUAGUUUUUUGAAACGUCUGGAUGUUCAGAUGCAAAUGAGCGACACAGUUCUGUCCCAGAGUCCUGCAGCCCAGACGCUCCGCUCAGAUACACAGUUUACACACGUCCAGACUAAAGAGGAUGUGUCUCUGGGUCAGUACUUGGGGAAGGGAGAGAAUCUCCUCCUUGUGUUGCUCCGGCAUUUUGGAUGACAGCAUGAAGACCACCUGACUGAGCUGAAGAACAGCAAGAAGCUUCUGGAAGCUCAGUCAUUGCGGGUGCUGGUGGUCUCGUACGGUUCUCUCGAAGGCGCCACAUUCUGGCUUGACCAGACAGGCUAUGAAUUUGACAUGCUGUUGGAUGCAGAGAGAGCGGUGUAUCAAGUGUUCGGUCUGGGAUCAUCUGUCAGCAAGGUGAUGAAGUUUAAGUUAAUGCUCCACUACUCUGAAAUUCUGGUGAUGAACCGACAGUUACCCGAUGUGCCACCUCAGUUCCUCGAUGAUCUCUUUCAGAUGGGUGGUGAUUUUAUUCUGGACCAGGGUGGUAAAGUGAUAUUUUCCUACCGGUGUAAAAGCCCUGUGGACAGACCAUCAGUUCCACAGAUUCUGGCUGCCGUCUCUGCUCAUUCUUAGCAUUCCUGGAGAAAAAGGUUGGCUCCACAGAUAGACAGCUCCCCCAGAGGUUGUAUGGAUGAAGAUCUGACUCAAACUCGUGCACUUAUGAAGAGUCAUUUCUGAUGGGCAUUUACACCCUCUGGUCAUCACAGCUUCUCAUCUGUUGAGUUACAGUAGCACAGACCUGUCUGACCUCUAUAUCACACACCAGUGUCUUAAUUAGAUAAAAUGAGAUUACUAAAUUAAUUUAUUUACAUACAUUUUAUAAUUAUUCAAGACAUAUGAAAUGAAAAUCUAUUAAGCUGUUUAACUACUAUUUACUGUGAAUGGUAAAUGUUUAGGAAAAAAAAUGAAGUAAAAUACAUUACUGAUUUAAUACAUGUAUAUAUAUAUAGGUCUGAAUUUCUUUGAUUAUUGAAAUCAACAUUGAAUAAAGAGCUGGACGUUGGCCAGAAUGAGACUGGACUUUUAUCCACCAUUCAGCAUA